AUGCUGGGGAGAGUGAGGCCAUCAUCAAUCAACUCCUUAGAGCUGUUGGAGUUGGAAAGACCCAAUUCGAAGAUCAUCAAAGAUGAUUCUCUUUCGAUUUACGAAGCUACACUUUUGAAGCUUAAACAAGGUUCCCUUCGCAAUCCAAGCAUAGUCGUCGAGAAUUCAAUGGGGACAGAAGACGUAAAUUGUACCAUGGCAAGUGAUUCGAAGGAACCAGAGGCAAUGACUCUCGAGGCUGAUUUUUCCUCAACUGAUUCUUUACCAGUUCCCAGUAGCUGUGAAUCUACAGGCACCUCUAAAGAACAAGGGACUAAAAGCCUGUCUAUCCUCUGCCUGUUUUCAAGGUACAAGGACUCUCAACAACUUUCUUUACCAGUAAGCUCAUCUGAUGGGGUGGUUAAGUUGGCAGGCAGUGCUUUUUCUUCUACCAGUGUUUCACAAAGUCCUAGCAAUGGUCAGAUGCUUAGCACUUGA